UUAAUUCGCCGGCCGAUCAAGACGCAUUUUUCGCAUCAACUACAAGUUUCAACUGAUUUUUUUUUUAUUUUUCACAAAGUUUUUGUUCACGAGAAAAUAAACAACAUGCCGUACCACAAGCCCGCAGAUAAAACCGUGCAAGAGCUCAAGGACAUUGCUCACCGUUUGCGCAUCCACUCGAUCGAGAUGACACAAGCCUCGAAAUCCGGUCAUCCGACAUCAUGUGCAUCAAUUGCGGAAAUCAUGUCCGUAUUGUUCUUCAAUACCAUGCACUACAAAAUUUCGGCACCCCGCGAUCCCGCCGCCGAUCGUCUCAUCUUGUCAAAAGGACAUGCUGCGCCAAUUUUGUAUGCCGCAUGGGCUGAAGCUGGUCUCUUCCCCGUCGAAGACUUGAUGAAUUUGCGUAAAAUCGACUCGGAUUUGGAGGGACAUCCGACACCCAGAUUGAACUUUAUCGAUGUCGGCACCGGAAGUUUGGGUCAAGGAGUUGCCGUUGCCUGUGGCAUGUCCUACGUCGGAAAAAAUUUCGACAAAACCGGCUAUCGCACGUAUUGCAUUGUCGGCGACGGCGAAUCUGCCGAAGGAUCAAUUUGGGAAUCGCUUCACUUUGCCGGGCACUAUGGCUUGGAUAAUUUGUGCGUGAUUUUUGACGUUAAUCGUUUGGGACAAUCCGAAGCGACUUCGUUGCAACAUCAAACGGAAGUUUAUCGCAAACGUUUGGAUGCUUUUGGAUUCAAUGCGAUCGUUGUCGAUGGGCAUGAUGUCGAGGAAUUAUGCAAGGCGUUCUAUGAAGCGGCAAAUACGCGUGGCAAACCAACUGCCGUUAUCGCCAAGACGUUCAAGGGAAAAUUCUUCCCCAAUAUCGAAGAUGCCGACAAUUGGCAUGGAAAGCCGUUGGGCGAAAAUGCUGAUGUCGUCAUUAAGCAUCUCAAGGGUUUGAUUAAAAAUCACGGACCAAUCACUUUGCAAAUUCCCGCUCCGUUGCAAGCUGCUCCCGUGGUCGAUAUCUCAAAUAUCAAGUUGGCAUCGCCUCCAGCUUACAAAAUGGGCGAAGCAGUUGCUACUCGUUUGGCUUACGGAACAGCUUUGGCGAAAAUUGCUGUGAGCAAUCCACGUGUCAUCGCUUUGGAUGGCGACACCAAAAAUUCAACUUAUUCCGACAAAUUGAAAAAAGCCUUCCCCGAUCGUUACAUCGAGUGCUUCAUCGCCGAGCAAAAUCUCUGUGGCGUCGCCAUUGGAACUGCUUGUCGCGAUCGCACAGUUGCCUUCGUUUCGACUUUUGCAACAUUCUUCACACGUGCCUUCGAUCAAAUCCGCAUGGGAGCAAUUUCCCAAACGAAUGUCAACUUUGUUGGAUCGCAUUGUGGCGUCAGUAUCGGCGAAGAUGGUCCCAGUCAGAUGGGUUUGGAAGAUAUUGCCAUGUUCCGCGCCAUUCCCGGAAGUACCGUUUUCUAUCCCGGCGAUGCUGUCAGUUGUGAACGUGCCGUCGAGCUAGCUGCCAACACGAAAGGCGUUUGUUUCAUUCGCACAUCGCGUCCCAAUACGGCGGUUAUUUAUGGCAACGACCAAAAAUUCGAAGUUGGCAAAGCACAUGUCGUCAAACAGUCUCCCGCCGAUCAAGUUCUUGUCAUCGGAGCAGGUGUCACUUUGUAUGAAGGACUUUCCGCAGCAGCCGAACUCGAGAAACACGGCAUCAAUGUGCGCGUUCUUGAUCCAUUCACCGUUAAACCGCUCGAUAAGGCGGCAAUUUUGAAAAAUGCUGCCGAAUGCGGCGGGCGAAUUGUCGUCGUCGAAGAUCAUUAUUACGAAGGAGGUCUUGGAGAAGCCGUUAAAUCAGCAGUUGCUGAGCAUCGUAAUGUCGUCGUUAAGCAUUUGGCGGUUCCAACUGUUCCCCGUAGCGGACCUCCAACUGUUUUGUUGGAUAUGUUUGGCAUUUCCGCGAAGCAUGUCGUGAAAGCUGUUCAAGAUGUCUUGAAAUUGUAAAAAAAUCAAAAUCUUCAAUCGUUUCCUUAAACUUUUUUUUCAUUUUUUUUAUACUGUUAAAAGGCGAAAUUUUCAACUAAAUAAAGACAUUUGUCUGAAA